AUGAAGAGGCAUAAUCACCUAUUCCUACUGCUACAUUUAGUAGCAUUAGGUUUAGGGCCAUUAUUUGCUCGACAACAUUCACUUGUACAAAUUCCGUUCGUAUUCACUGCCAAACUGUAUAAUAUUUCGCUAGAAGAGAAUGCUCCGGGAACGGAAUUCGCCCGAUCAUCCGAUCAUAUCCGUAUCGGCGUUCCGUUACCUCAUAGUGAUGCAACUGUCAAGUUUAAAAUCGUGGAGGGAGAUAGACAUCAUCACUUUAAAGCACAUUCCCGUCAAGUGGGAGAUUUCGUGUUUUUGCGUAUACGGCAGAAAGAUCGUAUGGACACGCCGUUGAACAGAGAGUUGAAGGAUCAUUACGAAUUUCUGGUAAAAGCCACGUGCCGCCAGAAGGAAGCCGGUAAUUUGGAGGCGACAGCGAGAGUUCAUCUGACCAUAACCGAUCGUAAUGACGCGAUGCCAAUUUUCACACUUGAAGCAGACCAAUACGAGGCGACAAUUAGCGAUCAAACCGCUCCAUUCUCGGAUGUGAUCCGUGUAGAAGCAUCUGAUGCAGAUGAGGGUAUCAACGGUCAGAUCUACUACUCGUUAGUGAAUCGCUCAAGUGAUUUCACGGUUGAUCCUAUAUCAGGUUGGAUUCGAACGUUGCGACAUCUUCGGAGUGGGACUUACAAACUGAAAGUGCGUUCUGAAGAUCGAACUUCGCGGCUGUUUUAUGAUGAUGCCGACCAGAUUCAACCUGCAUGGUCGAAGGAUGUGGUGAUCACAGUAACCGAAACGAAACGGCGUCAUCUGAAACUUUUGGUGGCCAACAAGCCCAUAAACGGUUACCGGUCAGACGUUCAGCAAUUGGCUGCAACCAUCCGGGUGGAUAUUUCGUCAAAUGAGGCAUUAUCAAAUGGGCCGAUUCAUGUCGGUGUUGUUGAAGACGACCUGAAGCACUGGUUUUCUUUGGUGGAAAGUGGGAGUUUGGAAUGGCAGUUGUAUACUGUACCAGGUCGCUUCAUCCCGUCGAAAACAAAUGUUACCAUAUCGGCUGGACAAGAGUCGCCCUCAAGUGGCAUGGUCAACACGACGGCGAAUAUAAGAAUCGAAGUUGGCGAGCCGCAUUCGAUCGCUUUCGAACAUGCCGCGGCCACCUUCCAUGUGAACGAAUCCUCUCCGCUUGGUUACGUUAUUGGAAAAGUGUCAGCUAGCGCACUCUACAAACAGGACGAGAAAGAUAUUAGGUACUAUCUGGAAAUGAGUGACAAUGCCACAGUGCCCUUUGAAGUUUCCGAAAAGACUGGAGUAUUACGGGUCGCUCAACUGUUAGACUACGAGAAGCAAAGGGACUAUACCUUCAAUAUACUGGCAAAACUCGCUGGUUUUGGUGGCCAGAGUUCAAUAGUUGUGACGGUACUCAUAAAGGAUUCGAAUGAUCAUUCACCGGUAUGGGCUGCUAAAUGGAAUCGCCAGGGUCCGAUUGCGAUCUCUAACGGAACUGCCGUCGGUACAGUGAUACUAAAGGUGAUCCGCUCAUUAUUUGCUCAACUUUUUGGUGUAGUUGACGCAAUCGAUUUGGAUUCCGGUGAGAAUGCACGUCUGGGUUAUAAAUUAUCGUCGGAUUCUCAAGUUCCAUUUGCUGUCAACUUUGAAACUGGCGAGAUUUCUUUGUCGGCUCCAUUGAAGACAGGUGAUAAUGAAUGGCGUGUGGCUGUAUGGGCAGUGGAUAGCGGGCGACCUUUGCCGAGAUCGACUGUGCUGAAUCUGGUUUUUUACCGAAACGGAACGAAGAUACCAGCAAAACCCAAACCAGUCAUUGGAAGUGAACCCGCAAACAAGCACGAGCCUGUGUUCGAGGAUUUCCACGGACCCGUGGAGGUUGAAGAGGAUGCAGCGGUUGGAACGGCAAUCUCAGCUAUUUCGGCUACGGAUAUGGAUGUUGGUUAUGGUGGUUUGGUUCGUUAUUCGUUGUGGGACGAUCACUUUUCUAUCGACUCUGAGACCGGAGUUAUAAGAGUUGCCGGCGAUCUCAGCGAGCUGCUACCACCAAACGCUGCAUCUGUUCCUCAUGACCUGGAAGUUUUUGCUUUUGAUGAAGGAUCACCUCGGAAAAGUUCAAAAACGACUACCAAGUUUAUAAUCAGAGAUGUUAACAACAAUGCGCCACAGUUUCAAGAGUUAAUUUAUUCAUUGGGAACAAUUGAUCCACAAUUACAGCACUGGUAUCGAUUUCAUGUCAGUGAGGACACAAAAGUCGGUACGGUUCUGUUGAAGUUGACAGCGACUGACGAUGAUGGGGAUGAGAACGGAAAGGUUGGAUAUCGGCUAGCUGGAGGCCAGGGUGGCUUCGUACGAAUAGACGAAAUCAGCGGUGAGCUCACCCUGGCCCGACCACUGGAUCGUGAGACAAAUGACGUCCUCCGGUGGGUAAAACUUUUUUUGGUCCAUUUGUUGAGAACAAUUUACCGGGCUCAUUCUUUUGAGGGAGUUCAGGUUCUUUAUUACAUCAUUUGCAGCUAUGCGGUAAUCGCAUUUGAUCAUGGUUCGCCUUCUCAAAUAUCGGCCGUAAAUCUGACGAUCGAAGUGGAUGAUGUCAACGAUAAUGCGCCGUACUGUAUCGAACCUGUGACCGUAGUGCGAAUCCCUGAAGACUACCCGGAUGGCGCAAUGGUUGGAUGUCUGACGGCAUAUGAUCCCGAUGUCGGACAGAAUGCUCGUCUACGGUUCUCCAUUGAAGCCGAAGAAAAUGGCAUCGCUCCUCCGUUCAGAAUUGAUCAUCAUAGCGGCUGUGUAUUCAUCCAUUCGCCACAUCAACCACUUGAUUUCCAGCGACGAUCUAUCUACAAUUUGUCAAUUGAUGUGGGUGACAAUGGUGAGACGGUUUUGAGCACCAACUGUUCGUUCGUUGUUGAACUGGAGGACGUGGAUGAGAAUUUGCAUCCUCCUGAGUUCGACGACAUUGCUCUGGAGGCUAGCGUUUAUGGUAGGGAAUUGAGUGAGCGUUUCAUGGAAAUAGAAAAAAAAUCACCAUCUUUUUCAGAGAACAUGCCUAUUGGUACUGAUGUCCUAGCAGUAAAGGCGUUGGAUCCAGAUAAUCCAUCAGCAUUGCUCGAUUACAAUAUUGUUGGAGGGAGUGGCAUGGCAUUCUUUGCCAUAGACAGCUCAGGCACAAUACGAACGUCAAAAGUUUUGGAUCGUGAACAACAAAGCACCUAUUGGUUGACAGUCGAAGCGAAUGACAGUCCACAAGCCCGAGUGGCAAAGGCUGGAGUGCUGCAUGUCUUUGUUCGAGUUCUGGAUAGAAAUGACCAUCGGCCAGUACCGGUACUUCCGAUAUAUCAAGCAAAUGUGAAAGAGAAUUCGCCUCAGAAUGUAGUCGUUGUGAAGAUAGAUGCGACCGAUGGUGAUGAUAUCGAUCCAAAGUCACCGUCCUCUCUGCACUACAAAAUCAGCAAAGGAGAUCCUCAAAGCUUUUUCCGGAUAGAUCAGUAUACAGGAUACAUAACAACAUCUGGAUCGCGCCGUCUGGAUCGUGAAACUCAACGUGAGCAUGAGCUAUGGGUAUCGGUUUGUGACUCUGGAGAGCCCCAGCUAUGCUCUUCGGUUCCGGUUGUCGUUACGGUAGAGGAUGUCAAUGACAAUGCGCCCACAUUUACUCAGCCGAUCAUCCAUCAUAAUGUACCUGCAGGAGUGGCGGGAAGAUUGAGCAGGGUGUUCGCCAACGAUAUCGAUUCGGGAAAGAAUGCCGAGUUGUUCUACAAUAUAACCGAGGGAGACCCAAAGUUUUCGAUUGAUGAGAAUGGAUACAUCUCAACCAGUACACCAAUGAAACCUGAUGAGGUUGCUUUUGGUUUUAGUCUUUCAUUUCGUUUUGCUCAAGUUGCCACUCUGACGAUCCAAGCAACCGAUCGUGGCGCACCAGCUCAAAUGACUCAAACUCGAGCAAUCUUGACGGCUAUCCCUGCACCCGUGAAAGCCAAAGGGUCUGUGAAUCGGGCCCCUCAAUUUGCAAAGGGAAUGUCUCGAAAGGUCCGGGUAUCGGAUGCAGACCAGGUAGGCUUCACUAUCGGCAAGUUUGAGGCGGUGGAUCCUGAUGGAGAUGCUGUAUGGUGGAGUAUAGUCAGCGGCAACAUCAAUGAGACAUUCUCUCUGAAAGCAGAUAGCGGUCUUUUGCAAUUGGCGAAAUCCAUUGAAAACCUACCAUACAAUGAGAGUACGAUUGUUCUGAGCAUUCGAAUAAGCGAUGGUCUGUUGGAGGAUAUUACAGAGGUGGCUGUGGAAUUGUCUCGUUCGCCACUGUCUCGACCAAUUUUUUCUGCUCAACACUACAAGACACAAAUCUCUGAAAAAACGGCGGUUGGCACUCAAAUUUAUACCGUACGCGCCAGAUCCAGUGGUGUGACCCGUUCGUCAAAGCCAUUGUUGUAUGGUGUCCACUCGGUCGAAGACACUGGCAUGGAGGAUAAGCUCCGUGUCGAGCCGACAACUGGAAGUGUACUUGUAAUGGAAGCACUAGAUUAUGAAGUAUGUCGAGAGAUUCGAGCGAUUGUCUUUGCCCGACAAGGAACACUCACCAGCUAUGCGACGCUGACGGUCACAAUAACUGAUGAUAACGACAAUGCCCCGAGAUUUGCGCACAAGGACUACGUGGUUGCUCUGCCAUCGAGUUCACCUGUGGGUUCCUCGGUUGCUACAGUACUUGCCCAUGACGCCGACUCUGGUGAGAACGGCCUGGUGGAGUAUAGCAUUAUCAGUGGUAAUCAAAUGGGCUUAUUUACCCUCGAUCCCAUACUUGGCGUCAUUGCUGUUGCAAAACGAUUACCUGCAGAACACAAGGAGACCAUAUUGACAGUUCGGGCGACUGACCACGGUCGUUACCCCCUCAGUGACACAUCAAAUGUCCGUAUCCAGAGCAUGGCUAUGGAUGAACUGAAUUUACGUUUCUCAAGAGCUUUAUAUCAACGCACUGUCCGUGAUUCUGUGCCAUUGGGUUCAGUAUUGCUGACCCUUGCUACCAUCCCAAACGGAAAUGCAAGAUACAGUUUAAAGCGGCCGUGCCCUUACUUCGAUGUUCACCCGGCUUCUGGAGCGGUGUCCUUGAGUCGCUGGUUGACCAAAGAGCGAGCCAAAAGUGUGGCCUGCACGGCUGUGGCGAAAAAUCGGGCAGGAUCGGAGGAUACUGCUAAGGUUGUAAUAAAGAUCGCCAGCACUAACCAGCACUCACCAAUCUUCAAACAGCAGUUCUAUAGAGGAUUUAUUCGGGAAAACAGCCUGAGUGGUUCCUCCGUGCUGCUCGACAAUAACACUCCUCUUCUGGUCUCUGCAACAGACAAGGAUGUUGGUCCCAGCUCGCUGAUCGGCUACCGUCUUCUCAAUCCUAACGAACCGUACUUUGUGGUUGAUUUUGUGACAGGAGCGAUUCGUUCGAGAAAGCCAUUGGAUUAUGAAAAACUGAAGGAGUGGACGUUUCACGUACAGGCCAGCGAUAUGGGAGAGCCGGUGCGAUCAUCCCCGAUUCCCGCAGUGGUACAUGUGACAGUGCUAGACACCAAUGAUCAAAAACCAGCCUUCACAAAAACCAAAUAUGAAGUUGAUUUGAUUCUGCCGACAGUACCCGGCGUAGUCGUGGCCGCCCCAGCGGCUGUGGAUGAAGAUACUGUAGGAAAGCUGCGCUAUGCGAUCAAGGGCAACACGCACGCGAAGUUUUUCUCGAUGAAUUCAACCGAUGGCUCCAUCACUCUUCUUAAGUCAGAUCCGAAAUCGUUGAAUCUUGCCAAAUAUGUGAUGGAUGUGCUGGUGAGCGAUGGUGUUCACACGGACACAGCAACCGUUGAAAUUUCUGUACGAAAAAUAUCAACGGACGCGAGUGGAUUCCGUUUCCCGCUAGUUGAAUACCAAGCAAACGUCAAGGAGAAUGCCACAUUCACCCCUGGAGAAUCUCUUAUUGCGGUAACUGCUGUCGGAGCUCCAGAAGGAGCUAGCGUGACGUAUCGAAUUCUGAAUGAACGGGAAGAAGUGUUCAUCCAUGAGAGUACCGGAAUGAUUUCACUUACUGGAAAGCCUUUCGACAGAGAAGAGGAACCAGUUGUUCGAUUGCUCGUGCAGGCUCAAACUCACGAGGUAAAACCCCAACUCGCUCAAACCGUCGUCGCUAUCCGAGUUGAUGACAUCAACGAUUGUGCUCCGAUCUUCGUCGGACUUCCCUACGAUGUUGUCGUCAGUUCCGAUUCUGUUAUUGGCGAAAGGAUUCUGGCUGUGAAGGCAAUUGAUAAGGAUAUUGGUUCGAAUGAAUGGGAUCGUACGCUAUCACAGCGCCUCGCUCCCCAAAGUCUUCAAGCUGAACAAGCACGAUGGAAGGAUCACGGGGAACCUCCACUGAAAACUGUACAAGUAGUUCGAGUUGACGUCGUAGAGAAAGCCAGACCUAUUUUCACCAAGAAACAUUACGAAGCCACUGUUUCCGAAGCAGCGCCAAGGAAAACUAUUGUAUCGAAGGUGAAGGCUGCGAGCAAUGUCGGCGGUCAUCUGGUUUACACCAUAGAAGAAGGAAAUGAUGAUGAUUUAUUCGUGAUUGACAUGGACUCUGGUGUAAUCAGCGUCAAUGGCGAGCUGGAUGCUGAAGAGCGAGCCGCUUACAAUUUAACCGUCAUGGUCAGAGAUGUGACAAGGAAUGGCUUGAACUCGACUGCUGUUAUCAACAUAGAGCUCACUGGCGUGAAUGACAAUGGCCCACGAUUUGAGCAUCUCGUAUAUCGUGUAAAUGUGUCGGAAGCGGCCCCAGUAGGAACGAAACUACUGACUGUGAAAGCCGUGGAUCCGGAUGGUGAAAACGAACUGAUCAGUUAUGCUGUCACUGGAAGAGAUUCUUCGAUCGUCCACAUGGAUUCCGCCACAGGAAUUCUCAGUCUUGCGCAACUGCUGGACUUCGAAAAGCGACGACGUUACGAAAUGUCCCUGGCAGCAGCCGAUAGCUCGCAACUUGUGGGAAAAUCCAAGCUGGUGCUUACGGUUGAGGACGUUAAUGAUGAGCCACCUCGAUUUUCCACCCCAUUCGCAUCCGCUGUCGUUUCCGACACUGCGACCGCUGGCCAGUUCAUUGCCAUACUUAGCGUCACAGAUGAUGUGGGUCUACUUUGGAACGGCUUUCUCGAAUGGUUGAGAUUAUCUGCCUUACACUCAUUGUUUAAGGACACCGUCUCUUCAAUAAAAGGCGGCCACCGGUUUUUUUAUUCAGUCAUCGAAGGUGAUGAAACGCUGUUUUCUGUCGCGGAACACAGCGGAGAGGUAUCGUUGCUGCGUCCCAUCGACGCUGAUGAUACUUUGAGCGGUGGUGGUCAGAAAACUCUGAAUGUGUCGGUAUCGGAUGGUCUGUUCACCGCGUACGGACAGCUUACGGUAUCCAUAGUUAUGUCUGGGAAUCGCCACCCUCCUCCGCGUUUUGAACAGAGUCAAUACGUUAUUGACGUUCGCGAGAAUAAUGUUCUAACCAAUAAAACGUCCAUUCUGACUGUGCAAGCCCUUGACGGUGUACCACCUCUGCACUACUCAAUGGGUGGUGGCGAUAACCGCCAGAAACCUCUUCGAAUUGAGAAACUCACCGGUCGAAUCCAUCCAAAAAUAGUGUUCACCUACCAUCUCCAACAGAUCUACAAAGUUCCGCUGGUCGUCGAGGAUGCUCUUGGUCGAAAAGCGUUCAGCACACUCACGGUGAACGUGAUGGACGUAAAUGACAGUGCGCCGGUGUUUGUAGUGGGAAAGCAAACUUCUUUCUCCACAUUUCCUGUUUCUCUCGAUUUGCCCUUUAACAAUCUCUUCGCUGUAUCUGCUAAAGCGACGGUAUUCAGGUACUCAGCAACUGUGUCGGCGAACGCUCGCGAAGGCGAAACUCUCUUGAUGGUUUCAGCUAGCGAUGAUGAUUCUGACGACACCGUCGAAUACUCUCUAAUGGGGGAUGAUCACAUAACUCAGUCAUUUCGAAUACAUCCACGUCACGGCACAUUGUCGCUCGUCAAAACCUUAGAUUCCUUGGUUGGGUCCUCACUGAAUCUCGCUGUACGCGCUACUGAUCAAGCUAAUCCGCCUCACCAUGCCAAUGCUCAGGUUUCGAUCUCAGUGCUGCCUGAUGAGGUCGCGAUCCCGAAAUUUAGCAGCAGCCACUAUUUGUUUGUUAUCCCUGAAGACUCAGCCAUAGGAACUGUGAUAGGAAAGCUGCAACAAACUGAAGGUACAAGGCUUUUACUUCUGCUGUUCUCUCUAUCAGGCCGCCUCUAUAUCCUGUUCAUUGCAGAUGUAUCAGAUGUUCGUUUCUCUUUGUUAGAUGCACCGGCUGAUUUCCCAUUCUCAGUAGAACGCGCAACUGGCCAACUACUUGUUAGUCGAUCAUUGGACAGAGAAAUGAAAGAGGUGUGGCGGUUCGUAGUCCGUGCUGAUGCUGCAAAUAGUGCCCAUUCUAUGGCAAUGGUAACUGUACGGUUAUCGGAUGUUAACGAUCACGCACCGUCUUUCACGGGAGCUUACGAUCGGCUAGUGAUCAGUGAGGACGCCCCAGUGGGGACGACCGUCGCGGUGUUCUCAGCGAUAGAUGCAGACAGGUCGCCGGGAGGGAGGAUUUCAUUCAGUUUAGUGGAGAAAGCAGAAAGGAACAAGGCCUUCACAGUGGAUGCAGAAUCGGGAUGGCUAGUUGUGGCAGCUCCUCUCGAUCGGGAACUUCAACCAGUAGCUGAACUUGUAAUACGAGCUACCGAUGAAGGAGGGCUCUUCACGGAUCAUGCGUUCAAAAUUGAGAUCACCGAUGUCAACGACGAAGCUCCUCAGUUUGAUGAGAAUUUUUACAUUGUCUACGUGGAUUCCAGCGUUCUGACUGUCGGCCAAAUUGUUGCCAGAGUUGUUGUAACGCCUAACGCGAGCCACGCGCUGCUAGAUCGCCUUCAAGACCAGGCUGUAAUAGUUGUUGAUUUUUAUCGAGAAAUAAUAAUAUGCGAAAUUAAGGACAAAGACCUACCGCCUUUCAACAACACUCGCUUGUUCAUCAGUCGAGGAAAUGAUGACGGCUUGUUCGCCAUCGACGAUUCGGGCAAAAUCUCGAUCGCCAGACUGAGUCAACUGAGACACAUUAGCCCUGAAUCUGUAGAACUUAGCCCUGAACUCUCGACCUCUCAGAUCACGCUCAACUCGGGAACAACCUCGACAUUCGAAUGUGAUCCUGAAAAGGAGAUAUUAAUAGAAGUACGGGAGGACAUCUCGUUGAAUAAAGAGAUCUAUCGUGAAGAGUCCCCUGUCUUACUUCCCGGGAAACGUUACCUACUUCUCUCCUCGGAAGUAUUACCAUUUGCGAUCGACCCGAAUACUGGUUCUAUUUCGGUGAAAGGAGUACUGGAUGCUGAAUCUAGAAAAAAGUUUGUCUUCACUCGUCAACUGGAGUUAAAAAGUAUGGCCUUUUCCUGCAGCCAGCCAGUAGAAGUGCGUAUCAUCGAUGUGAAUGACGAAGCUCCUGUUUUCACAAAAACCGAGCUCACCGUUUCUAUCAAAGAAAAUGAACCAGCAAGCGAGUCCGAGCGGAGCUUUGUUGUAAGGGUUCAUGCUGUGGACAAGGUAGGAGGGCAUUCUGCCUCAUGCAACAUGUGGCCAUUUUGUUUGGUUGUGAACCUCAGGAUAUAUGGUUAUGUACAGGAUUCUGGUGCGUUCGGGCGUGUGCAGUACAGCUUGGCAUCAGACCAUGGUGGGACAUUCGUGAUUGACCGGGACACAGGAGCAAUUACGGUAACGCGUCCUUUGGAUCGAGAACAGACGCAUGAGUACUUAUUGCAUGUGGUGGCGCAGGAUUCGGAUCCGGUAAACCCAAAAAGUGCUAAAGCCAUGGUUCUUGUAUCAGUGCUUGAUCAGAAUGAUAAUCCGCCAUUGUUCGAGAGAAGCGAGUAUGUACUGCAGGUGAUGGAGUCGGAAUCUAUCGGAUAUACGUUAGCGACGGUGCAUGCUGAAGGAGGAGAUGCUGGGGAGACAGUCAGGUACAAGUUGGCUGAGAACGGGACGCACAAUGGCUAUGUCACUCUCGAUGAACAGAAAGGAAUUCUCACCUUGGCCAAGGGACUUGACUACGAGAAGGAAAAGCUGCUAUCCUUGACCAUUAUUGCGACUGAUUCUGGAUCGCCACCUCUCUCAUCGGAGGCCGUUGUGACUGUACAGGUCUUGGACGAGAAUGACAACAUCCCUAAGUUUAUGAAGGAAAGUUAUAAAGCCACGAUCGAUGAGAAUUCUCCAGUGGGCACGAAAGUUGUGAAGGUCAGAGCUGAAGAUGCGGACAGUGAGCAUUAUGGUCGGGUGGCGUAUUCGCUCAUCAAAGAUGACGCGAAUCUAUUCCAAAUUGACGAACAGGGACUAAUUACGGUCGCUGGGCCGCUAGAUAGGGAGACGAGACCAUAUCAUCGCUUCGAAGUCGAGGCUCGUGAUGGUGGUGAACCUCCACAAAAAUCGACAGUAACCGUGCUGAUUGAUGUGAAUGAUGUGAAUGAUAAUGCCCCAGUAUUUGCUGAUUGUAAUAUGACAGCUGUGGAAGGUGUCCUCCCCGGACAUACUCUUCUCCCAUUAUCCAUUACCGAUGCAGAUGGUUCGAAUUUCGGAGAACCUUUUCGUGUGGAAGUUCGUGGCGAGGGAGCAAAAGCUUUUCGAGUGGAUGACCAGUACAACUUGGUGACCGUGACUCGUUUCGAUCACGCGAGAAGAGACCGAUUUUUGCUCACUUUGAUCGCUUACGAUCGCGGGAAUCGCUCGACGGAUUGUCCAUUGACAGUGUUUGUGAAGGAAGAAAGUCGACAUCCUCCUCGUAUAUCGCCGUUGAGGAUUUCACUGAAUACCCUGAUGGGAGAAUUCAAAGGCGGAGUGGUCGGCACUGUUCAAGCUAGCGAUGAAGAUGCUGGAGACAUGCUUCGAUUCUCGAUAGUCGAUGGAAGUGUUCUCGGCCCAUUGCCCACGGAUGCUCAUCCACGUCCUCAUGUUGUGAAGCCGCAUUUGUUCAGGGUUGACGCAAACACUGGCGAGGUGUGGAGUGAUCACGGUAUUCCGGGAGGUCUUCACGCGUUCAAUGUUUCUGUGACUGACGGGAAGUUCACGACAGUUAGCUACGUGGAAGUGCUGGUGACAUCUCUGGAGCAAGACGCUGUUGAUCAUGCUGUUGCCGUUCGUCUGAAAGGCAUGACGGCGUUAGAGUUUUUCGAAAAAUAUGCAGCCAAGUUUAAAGCGGUCUUCGCUCAGCAUCUGAAUGUCGAUGCGCGAAAUAUUCAGCUGUUGAGUGUGCAGGAGACGCCACAAACAAGACGACCUCGAUCGGUUGUACCAGAUUCGAAGCAUACAGACCUCGAUAUUUUGUUCACCGUGUCGCGAGGAGGAGGUCGAGGGAUGCUGAAACCAGACCACGUGUAUACGAGGCUCAAGCACGAUUUUCAGAGCAUAGUAGAUGAGAGCGGAACCAUGAAGUACCAGUUGACCACUGAAAUGUGUACGCCGGGUGUCUGUCAACGAGGUGAAUGUCGAGAACGGGUCUACCUCGAUGAUCAGCAGCAAACUGUCGUUUCUACUGGAGGAGUCGCAUUUGUAGCUCCAAAUCAUCAUCGCGUAGCGGAAUGCAUUUGUCCGGAGGGUUAUGGUGGAUCACGUUGUGAACAGGAAAUAAAUGCUUGUGCCCGUUCGCCCUGUCAUCCGUGGGAGAUGUGCCUACCGUCAGAGGGAUCUAGAUUCGAAUGUGUAUGUCCACCCGGUUCCUCUGGCGAUAAAUGCUCCCAAGCGUCAUGUGCUAACGAAGGUCGCUGCCUGGAAGAAGCGGAGCUUUCUGUCGGUGGGUCAGGCUACUUUGAGAUGUCAAUCGCUCAUGAAAUGGAGACACGUAUGGAACUUGAAGUGGAAUUGAAGACCACCUCACUGAUGGGAGUAAUUUUGCAUGCUCAUGGACCGAGUGACUACCACAUGUUGGAGCUGGUUAAUGGACGAGUUCUUUAUCGUUGGGACGCCGGUUCUGGAGAGGGAACUGUGGCUACGGACACAUCGAUUGCAGACGCCCAAUGGCAUCGAGUUUCCGUCAGUCGCCGUGGUCGCAGAACGCGUCUUCAACUCGACGGUGUUGAUACAAAGGAGGGAUGGAGUCCUGCUGGGAGCGAUGUCAUCAAUCUGUACUCAGCCAGUCAUCGACUGUUUUUUGGUGCUCGCGUCGAACGUGAAAAUUCAUCCUCCGUGUCAAUCACAAAAGCGAUUGUGGCCUGUUUUCGAGCGAUUUCGAUUGAUCGACGAAGUGUUGCGAAGACUCGCCAAGGGCUGCGUUUAUACUCAGCAAGCACAGGCUGUCGAGCGAUGGCAGCCACGCCGUGCUCCGAAGCGCCGUGUCGCAAUGGGGGAACUUGUCAAGUCAUCGAUAAGACAUACCAGUGCACAUGUCCAACGCGCUAUAGUGGCGCCAACUGCGAGAUAGACAUGGAUCCGUGUGGUUCACGUCCCUGUCCACUGGGUAUACAGUGUAUUCCCUUCUACAAUGAGUAUCUGUGCAAAUGCCCAAACGGAUUCACUGGAAAACGUUGCGAGAUCAGAGGAUACGGUUCGUGA